AUGGCCGCACCCGUCAACGACACGGCCCCUGCCCCUGCUCCUGCUCCUGCUCCCGACUCACCACCACCAUCAACACCACCAAAACAAAUCGCUGGUGUGCCGCGCUCGCCCCAAUCCAACAACGCCGCCGCUGGCACUGGCACUGGCACUGGCACCGACACCACCGGCUCCGCCGCAUCUCCUGCCAAUGGCGCCGCCAACGCUUCCAACCCCAAUAGCGACACCAGGUUGACCACCAGCUCUACCACCACCUCUACGCCUUCCUCGACCACCACAUCUUCCACCCCCUCGUCCACCUCGACUACCUCCUCGAUCCCUUCCACCACCUCCACCUCCUCCUCGGCAGCCCCGACCACUUCGUCCACCAUCCCCUCGACCUCCUCAGCUCUUCCCACCACCUCCUCUUCCAUCGCAUCCAUCACCUCGGCCUCCGCCACCUCGUCUACACCCAUCCCCGUCGUCACCGUCACCUACACAAGCACAGGCACCGAUGGCGCCGUCGUCACCGGCGUUAGCACCUCCUCCAAUCCAUCUGCCACGAGCGGAAGGAGCUCCGGCUCCUCCAGCGGCUCCAGCCCCAACCUCGGCGCCAUCAUCGGAGGCGUCGCCGGCGGCGUCGCAGGCCUCAUCAUCCUCGUCUGGCUGAUCCUGCUCCCGCUCCGCAAGCGCGCCAAAAAGGCAAAGGAGGUCGAGUGGCUCACCUUUGGCCAGGAGAACGACCACGUCAACGAGUCGUCGGCAGAGGCCGUCUACGGUCGCGGCGCCGGGGGCGGCAGCGGCGAGGGCAAGGUGGGCGGAUCCGUCGCCAACGUCAACGAGAUCCAGAUGGACGACAUGGCACACGAAAUGGCUCAGCAACCCUACCACUACCAGAACGUCGACAAUGGCGCCGGCUGGGCAGCAGCAGGUGCCGCGGGUGCCGCAGGUGCAGCAGGCGCAGGUGCGUACGCGCACGGUCAACACGACCAGUACGGCAACGCGCACGACGGAUACGACGCCUACUACCACACGCAGCAGCAGGGCUACGGCGGACCGCAGUACCAGCAGUACGGCAUGCAGCCGCACCAGGGCUGGGCGGGGCAGCCGCAGGGCGCCUACCCCCCCGAGGCGUGGGGCGCUGCUCCGGGCUACACGAGCCCCGUCCAGUCGCAGACGCACGGCAACGCCGGCCUGCAGCACAGCCUCUCGGUCGGAUCCACCACGGUGGGCGGCGCGCCACGAAACGCGUCGGCGGGCGGCGGAUCGCAGUCCGGACACGCCAAGGGCUCGCAGGAGGGACACGGCGGCAGCCAGUACGGCGGCGGCUACGCUUCUCCGCCGCUGGGCGCGCAGUCGCCGCAGCAGUUUCCGCAGCACUACCAGGGCCACGCCGCCGCAUCAUCGCCGCCGCAACACGCGCAGUACUACCACGGCCAGCAACAGCCGCAGCAGCACGACCAGCAGCAGGCGUACUACGCCGACCAGCAGCAGCACGACCAGCGCUCCGGCUCGCCCGCGUCAGGACAUGGCGCUGGCGGUCUCCACCUCGCCAACCCCUGA